GUGUUUGGUAUUGAUCCGGUAUGUGGUGACAGUUCUCCUCUUGCACGGUGCUGCGUGAACUCUUCCAUCCUCUCUGGCGGGAAUAAGAUUUCUAUAGCACAACAUGCCUAAAAGGAAGUCUCCUGAAGGGGCCCAUGCCAAGGAUGCCUCCAAGGUCACCAAGCAGGAGCCCACCAGGCGGUCAGAGAGGUUGUCAUCGAAACCAGCUCCUCCCAAACCUGUUGAGGUCAAGCCUAAGAAGGCUAUCGCCAAGGACAUGAAGGAAAAGAAAGGUGGAGCUAAGGUGAAGGAUGGCCCCUCCCAUAACGGACAGGCUAGGACUGAGGAGACUGAGGCUGUGAAGGCGGAGUCGGUCAAGGAGAAGGAAUGAGGAAGUGGUGGGGGGGGGGGGUCUUUCUCUGACUCCUCUCAAAACAGUACCAUGGAAACGGAGGAUAUUUUUUUUCCAGGAUUUUGUAAAAUGCUGAUUUUUGUUUGUCCUGUGCUACUAGCAAAGAGAACCAGCAGCAACCCACACUCCUCCUUACAGUUGUGUCUCUCUCUCUCUCUCUCUCUCUCUCUCUCUCUCUCUCUCUCUCUCUCUCUCUCUCUCUCUCUCUGUCUCUCUGUCUCUCUGUCUCUCUGUCUCUCUGUCUCUCUGUCUCUCUGUCUCUCUGUCUCUCUGUCUUUCAGGAAAGGAUAGAAUGAAGUGACAUGUUUUUAUAAAAUGGCCGCAAGUAUUCUUCCUCUGGCAGUGGGAGGAGCCUCAUGGGGUCACCAUGGUGAUGCCUCUCACUUCCUUUCUAAACAAUGUCAUGUCCUCUUGAGCGCGAUGGCUCUUUUUGUGAUGACAUCGCUGUAAAUUAAAUGGACCUUCCACCUCUGACAUCAGAGACCCAAGGGUCAGACUAGCCUCCUAUGACAUCACAUGUGACCCUGACCUGAGGUGUUGCCAUGGUGAAUAUUUGCAGAUUUUUAAACAGAUUUAGAAGUGUUCAGAAUCGCCAGCCACUCUUGUGUUGUAAUUUGUGAGUCUGUGGUUCUGUCAGAGCAGACUGUUCUAGAACUCUGGCUUCCAGAACCUCUGGGUUCCACCCUGGUUGUCUGUCAGAGCAGCAUAGCAAUAACAAGUGGUGCUUCUGUUCUAGAACUCUGAGGCUUCUUGAACCUCUCUGGGUUCCACCCUGCCUGUGGGGAAAACAAUAUUUUGAAAUAAAAACCGAGUUGACAUCU